AUGAUUGGGCCUGAAAAAACUGUAUCCUUUCUGCCCCCCUCCCGCCCCCCCUCUUGCUCAUUUCCCGUGCCUGAUUGCAGACCCACAUGGAGCAGCAUCAAGGGCAGCCCCCCUCCCCCCAUUGUCAAGCUAGUGAGAACAUUGAACAAGAUCGUGCAGCACGAGGCAUCAUCGCACAUGGCAACCCUGUCACCCUUCCUCUUGCGCAUUUCCCUCUGCCUCAUCGCAGACCCACAUGGAGCAGCAUCAAGGGGAGCUCCCCCCCAUUGGCAAGCUAGUGAGAGAUCUGAACAGAAUCGUGCAGCACGAGGCAUCAUCACUCAUGGAGCAGCAUCAAGGGCAGUGAGUGUGCCGCCCAUUGGCAGUGAGGUCGCCGCCCCUUUUGGGAGUGAGUGUGCCGCCCCUUUUGGGAGUGAGUGUGCCGCCCCUUUUGGGAGUGAGUGUGCCGCCCCUUUUGGGAGUGAGUGUGCCGCCCCUUUUGUCAGUCGCGUGUUUCUUUUGAGCCGACUCACAAGUGCCCCCUCUUCUUAUGAUAUGAACCCUUCGCAAUCCCCCCCCUGGUUCUCCCCACCCCAUGCCAGUGCCUUUUCUGUUGAAGACGUGGUGGGGUUCCAAGUAAUCCCCACCACCGUUUCCGUUGGAGAUGUGGUGGGGUUCCGAGUCGACCCUGCACGUGUUUCUGCUGCGUCUGCCUCUGCUUCCCCUGCUUCUGCUUCCCCUGCUUCUGCUUCUCCUGCUUCCCCUGCUUCUGCUUCUCCUGCUUCCCCUGCUUCUGCUUCUCCUGCUGCCUCUGCUUCUCCUGCUUCUCCCGCUCAUUCUCCUGCUUCUGCUACUCCUGCUGCUGCGGGUGCUGAACCAGCCAGUUCCUUCUCAGAAGCCACUGCCGAAGCGAGAGUAGCACCCAGUACAUUUCCAAUCAUCUUUCGGCGAGUCGCAGCCAUUCCUGGAGACGAGAUGGUGUCAUCUCGGCCGUCGGAUGAGCCGUUUCGGAUAGAGAAGGACCAGUUCUGGGUGCUUGCAGAUGACCCAGCUGUUCCUGCAAAGCCGCACUCUUGGUCCCGUGCACGUGAAGAACAUGGUGGGGAGAGCUCUGUAUGUGGUGCGCUCAGCUCUGGACCAUGA